AUGGCCGAACCAUCCACAAACAAACGCUCCAUCAUCAUUAUCUUCCUCGCAAUUACACUCUUCGUCAUACCUUUCAGCAUCCCUUUCAUCGCCCUUGACAUGAUUCACAUUCCAUACGUCUCCCAUGGCCUAGCUUCCCUUUUCUCAUGGAUGGACGUGAUAUUUUCACCGAUAUAUCCGUUCUGGGCACCCGUAUUUCUCGGAAUUUCCAUCAAGCUAUAUCGACACGAGCCGUUUCCUAAGCAAAAAAACUGGAUCACUACAUCGAUAUUGAUAUUCAUGCAACGCUUUGGAGAUGUUAUUCUGGAUACCAUGACGUUAUUGGGGGUUUUCGAUGGAUUCUGCAGUUUCGGGCAUUGUCGACGCGAAUAUAUUCAAGCUGCUUCGUUUGCUUUUGUGAUUGUUGGGGAGAUUGUUGGGUUUCCGUGGGAUGCGAAAAUUAUUCAGAUGGGGGUGGAGAAAUUGGUGGUGGAGUGUGGGAAGGAGGCAGCGAAGGAGGCAGCUGCAAGUACUGAGGAUGAGAUGGAAAAGGGUGUUGUGGGUAAGCCUGCAGAGGAGGUUGUAUAUCUGGAUGUCGUAAAGUCUGGGUUGCAUGAGGAACAGAUACUUAUUGAUGUUGUUCAAAUCGAGGGGAACAAGCCUUUGGAAAUGCCCGAGGGCGAUAUGGUCAAGUAG